AUGCUCCCCGGUGGUGUCCACACCAGAUAUGUGGACGAAUGGAUUGCCCAAGGUCAUUUCACAACCGAGAGGGUGCUGAAGCAACUCGCGGAGCUAGCAGGGGGGCAUGGCUACCUUGACGACGAAGCAAGAGAAACACUGAAGAAGAAUUUCGAGUCGGUCGCAACAGAUGAAGCUGGAACGCAACGACUAACUGAGCCUGGGUUCAUCUCCCUACUAAAAAGCUUCAAUGCACUCCCCCCAGCCCUGGAAGAGGAGGCCGGUCCCAUCCUCUACCGCUGCCUCCACUACCUCUCCAUCUACCCCUACCGACACGAGCACCCUCCAUCCCUCACGUUCCCCGAGCUAACUCGGGCCCUGGGCUGGCUGAAACCCUUCCCCGACUCACUGAGCUUCAACGUCUUCGCCGACAGCGGGCGCAGUCUAACGCCAGCAGACUGCAAAAGAAUCCUCUUCCAGGGCCUGGCGACAGAUCGCAACGGGGAUCGACUGCCCUUCGAUCGCGAUGAAUGGCGUCGCCAGGCCCGGCGGCGCGCAUUCGACUUCACCGACGAGAAGAGGCAUUGGGUCCAGCUCGAGGCGGUCAUGAACUGUGAUGACUGGGGCGAUGAGAUGUAUGCGGAUCUGGUGCAUGUGUUGUUCUCCGCGCAGCCUGAGUUGCCUCUGCCCACUGCGGGGGCGCAGCGGGAUUCGUUUCGGCCGUUGGCUGCGCGGCUUCAUGCUGGUGCACUGCCGCUGUAUCAUUUUACGGUGUCGCCAGAGAGACUGAGGCCGUUUAUUCGAUUGCUGCUGUUUAAUUUCUUUGGGUUGCAUGAUCGUGUCAAAUGUGUGCUGCCUCGGGAUCUAGACGAUACAACUGAGUGUAUCCUUCGGGCUUUUGUGCAGAAUUCAGAUGUUGGGGUUAAUUGGCCCAUGUUUGACGAUGGGUUCAUGGUGGCACCAACUCUCUUGAUACCCUUGUACCGGAUCCUGUCUGCCUUCUCAGAGACACAAUUACCGCCUAGCAACGAGCUUGUCAGACGGCUGAGCAAGCCAGGGAGGCUAUUUAACGUGCCUGUAAUGAUCCAAAUCAGUACGAUUUUCGGGCUCGAGGAUGUGCUAUAUAUCGACGAGUGCCGCUUACUAUGGUCCCACGACGCAGCAAGAGACCAAGCCAAUGCAUCUGAACUUGCUACAGUCAUCAGCAAGCCAGAACUCCCAGUCCUGAUACUGGUCUCUGGAAAAGACACCCAGACGCAUGAGAAAUAUAUGUUCGGUGCAUUCAUUCCAUGCCCAUCGGAAGACUGCAAGCGAAUCCAACCAAAGCGAAACGACGAUCACCCCAUUUGCUCACUAUUUGAGUUGUGUCCCGUACAGGAUGUCUACGGAGGGAGCCUCGAGUGUCCUGCGUGGACGAUCUCCGAUGAUGGGAUCUCAUUCGGGGAUCCUCAGACUGGAGUGGCGUUGGUGGUGAACAAUAGCUUAUCUCGUGCGACAUUCACACAAGUACUCGAUGGAGAAGAUGAGCCUAUUUACUAUCCUACAGUCUGGAGGGGCAAUCGUCGGGUGGACAUAAAACUGGAGGGAAUUGAAGUCUGGUGUGAAGAUGGGGAUUUGCCCGAGUCGGGGUAUGGGACCUUUUCUGAUGAAGGGUUGGAAGCUGUGGCACAGUGGUUUUGA